AUGGCUUCAUCAUCAUCAUCAACAUCAAAGCAUAGGGUUACCAAAACACUAAUGAUUUUACUCAUCAUAAACUUCUUACACCUAUUUCAAACCACUUCAGCUGUGACUAACUCCAAUUCCUACUCCCACUUCUCAAGAUUCUCUAGACCAUCAUCAAGAACCAAACAAGGGUUCCUAGCAUCGGUCCAAGAGAGUAUGAAACAUGCCCUCUUGGCUCGUUCUCUCGCUUUCAAUCUCACUCUUUCUCAUCGAACCGUACACCUCCACACGAUCGAUCCUAUCCACGACUGCCUCGAGCUACUCGACGACACACUUGAAAUGUUGUCUCGCAUCACUUCAAGUGAUGACGAUGAAGACAUUCACACAUGGCUAAGCGCGACACUCACGAACCAAGAGACUUGUGAGCAAAGCCUCCAAGAAAAAUCUAACUCUUACAAACACGGACUUGCAAUAGAUUUCGUCGCAAGAAACCUCUCCGGAUUACUUACUAACUCACUUGAGUUGUUCGUAUCCGUGAAGUCUAAACCCCGGAGGCUCUUGUCGGAACAUAAUGAGCGUUUUCCGAGGUUUGUUACUUCGGCGGAGGAGCGGAGGCUUCUAGAAGCUUCGGUGGAGGAGCUGAAGAUUGAUGCGGUGGUGGCUGCUGACGGAAGUGGGACACACAAAACAGUAGGAGAAGCGUUGUUGGCUUCUUCGUUGGCGAGUAGUGGGGGAAGGACCGUGAUUCACUUGAAAGCUGGGACCUAUAAGGAGAACAUUAACAUCCCGACGAAGCAGAAGAACGUUAUGUUAGUUGGUGAUGGGAAGGGCAGAACGGUCAUUGUAGGUAGCAGAAGUAGUAGAGGCGGCUACACCACUUACAAGACUGCCACCGUCGCUGCUAUGGGAGAUGGGUUUAUAGCGCGCGACAUAACAUUCGUGAACAGUGCUGGACCCAGCUCGGAGCAAGCGGUAGCCCUCCGUGUCGGAGCAGAUAAAUCCGUCGUGUACCGAUGCUCCAUCGAAGGAUACCAAGACUCACUCUACACACACUCCAAGCGACAAUUCUACCGAGACACAGACAUCACCGGAACCAUCGACUUCAUAUUCGGAAACUCCGCGGUCGUGUUCCAGUCCUGCAACAUCGUCGCCCGAAAGCCCUUAUCCGGUCAGACAAACUUCGUGACGGCGCAAGGGAGGAGCAACCCGGGUCAGAACACCGGUAUCUCGGUACAGAACUGCAAGAUCACGGCGCAGUCAACGACUUAUCUUGGCCGUCCGUGGAAAGAGUAUUCAAGAACGGUGGUGAUGCAGUCUUUCCUCGACGGGUUGAUUCACCCUUCGGGCUGGUCUCCCUGGUCUGGUGGGUUUGGUCUUAAAACUCUGUUUUAUGGGGAGUUUGGUAAUUCGGGUCCUGGAUCAUCGGUUUCGGGUCGGGUUAAAUGGGUCGGGUAUCAUUCUUCUUUAACGGUGAAGGAAGCGGAAGGGUUCACGGUUGCUGGUUUUAUUGACGGGGGGAUGUGGUUGCCUUCAACGGGCGUUAGUUUCGACUCUGGUCUUGUGAAGUGA